AUGCCGAAGGAAAAAAACUACAACCCGGUCCAGGCACAGCGCAAGGCCGACAAGGCCAAGGCGAUCAGGAAAGGCAAGGCGGAAAACCAGGAGCGGCGGAAUGAGCGGCUGGCUCGCAAGAACCCGGAUCGGAUUCAGAAGCACAUCGACGACCUCAAGGCGGCGUCGUCCAACGGCGGAAAGCUUACGCGAAACGAGGAGCAGGUGCUGGCAGGGCUCGAAAAGGAACUCGCGGCGGUGCAAAAGGCGCGGGAGGCGGCAGGCGACAGUGCGCCCACCUUCAGCCGGAGGCGGGAGGGCUCGGCGGAUAGGGGCGUGCUGGGGAAGCGCAGGCGCGGCUCCCGGGACGGGUCCAGCAGCGACGAGGAGGUGACCGAGGAUGUGCGGGCGAUUCCGAUGCCACGCGACACGCCACCGCCGAUCCCCAAGGAUGUCCUCGACCAAUGGUACGCGAAGCGACGGGCACGACGACAGGCCGAGAUGGCCGAGAGGGGGGACGGUCGGCUCGGGAGGGAGCAAGCAGGCAACAACAAGGGUGGGGCGGCGAAUGUGCCUGCGGUCGAGUCCAAGACGGUGUACGAGGCCAAGCCGGUGAUGCGCGACCUACGGCAAGAGGCCGUCGCCGCAUUCGUGCCGGCCGCCGUGCAGGUCAAGAUGAUGAAGGGCCGCGGGCAGGGUGGCCUGAUGGAGCCGGAAGAGGCGGACCAGCUGGAGCGAGAAGGGUACCUGAACUCGGCGGCGACGGAGGAGGCAACGGAGCGGCCGACGGAGGAGGGCGAUGACGCAGGCGCAGGUCCGAACGCGUCACGCGUCGCCACCGUCGAGGACGCGGCCGACGAAGGCUGA